GGAACUCGUCAAUUGCAACUUAGCAAACAUCAAAACAUCUAAUCGCCAAAUAUUGAAAUAAAUGUUGCUCAGAAUAGCAUUCGGUGAUAUUGUUUGAAUAGUACAGAGCAUGAAAAUCACAGUUUGCGUGACAUGGCCGGUAAUAAUCGAGUUAUCAUCAGUGCACUAUAGUUUCAUCUCCAAGCGUAACAGAUACAUCGCCAAGUAACAGACAACCCAGAUUGAAUACAGCUUAUUAGUGAAACUUGUUAAUGAUUCCCGCGAAAAAAUACAAGAGGCUUCUGCCUUAGUAAAAUAACACAAAUAUAAAUUCGAGCUCGUUAAGACGCUUAAACUGUCGAAUGAAGUGGAAGUAAUCCGCUGGAUGUACGUGUGCCAGGAUUUUCACGCUCUAAAUUAUCCGUGCUUGAAAAAUCACACGUGGUGCGUGAGAUGCAAGAGCGUUGGUGGCAGACGUGAAUCGAUUCCUAGUAAUUACAUCUUAUCCAGGGUACAUCCAACCGCAUUACGAUGCAAGUCAUAAUAUUAAAGUACGUACAAGUGCUGUGCAUAACAGUGUUUUUCUCCAACAACAUCAACUGCGAUAAACUGCUGGUGCACAAUGAGCACGAAGACCAACAGCUGUACAGGAUUGCAUCAUGUGCGGCACAAUGUCUGGCGGAAGAAGCCUCCCACAAGUCGCUGGAAUUGUGCUAUAAACUAUGCUCGGAAGGCAAGAUAGAGCAACCGGAACUCGUACAGAACGUCGAGCAGAACUACAAUAUUCAAUUAAUUUGCCGAGACAGCAAUAGCCUCGUCAUUGAAAUAUACCCAGAUCAGUUGCCAAAGCAACGAAAAUCAGAUUCGUCUCCACAGUCUAGCAAUGGAAUACACCAAUAUGAUCCGAAGGCGUCCAAACAUAAUCGUGGCAACAAAGAUGGUGCUUAUAGUCACCCACAACGAGCGAAGCGGAGCAUUGCCAGGAGUGAUUUGAGCAUGCAAAAUCGCUAUGAAAACAUUUCCGGCAGUAGAAAUGAAAACCAUCAAGCCGAUGUUCAUUAUUCUGCCCACAAUCAGGAUUCUGAUUCAGACCACAUCGCACCACAUGCAAAACCAACCCACCUUGUUUAUUUGAUAAAAGUGCAAGAAAGUGGACACGAGCUCGGAGACAGGACUGUCUACAUGAGCAGUGCAUCGGUCGUGAAAAUAGAAAAUCUCACCCCGAACAAGCGGUACAACAUCACAGCGACGGUGCUAACCUCUGACCGCCAAUAUGUUUAUGUGGGAGAGCGACCGCAGUUUAGAACGUUAUCGGACGAUUACACCCCAGGAAAUAUAACCAAAAUUGACGUCAUUGAUUUUCACACGAACUACGAGAACAGCGCGCUGUUGGACGCAUUGGUUACAUGGCAACCGGCUCCAGACAAAACUUGCCACUACGAGAUACUGUACCAUGCAAGCCACUCGCAGGAUUAUCAUUCAAAGGCUGUAAAUGUUCAAAAGGAAUUGUACAAGCACACGAUAACGGCUUUGGAGCUCAGUUCAGAAUACUAUUUAGGAAUCCGAGCAAAAAAUAUCCAAAAUUCUUCCAGAGAAAGUGAACUCAAGUGGCAUACAUUUCACACGCCCAGUUGUGUGGAUUGGCACAACAGUAGCGUUAUAUGCGCACCGGAGAGCGUAUCCAACGUUCAAGUGAGCACGGUGUACCUUUCGGGGGACAACUAUCAGUUCAACAUCACCUGGGACAAACCGCGUUUCGUUCCGGAUUACUACAUCGUGAGGAUAUAUGAUCUCUAUCUUGAGACAGACGAUGACGCCACCAAUUCCCUUACGCGUAAUGUUAGUGGGGAUGCCAAUAACUUAUUGAUUGAAUCUCUUACAAUUCACGGAGCACGAUAUGAGGUUUUCAUCUCUGCCUAUGCCAACAAUCGGACUGCUCAUUCAUCGAAUAUCAACGAUGCGCCUAUCUGGCGUAGCCCAACGGACCACUGGCAUGGAGGCCGGCUGGCAGUUAUUAUCCUGACACCGGUGCUGGCGAUAGGAUUGAUGAAAAUAUUCAUCUCUAUUAUAUGCAAACGACGAGCCAAGGCAAAACGGUACGAACAAAGAUGUGAAUACUUCAAGGAACUGGAACAGAAGGCACCUGUUGAUCCCAGCACCGGUUUCGAAAUCAAGGUGAAGAACAUCCAGGAAAUCUUGCACCCUGCCACAUUUCCCAGCGAACUGAUAGCACCAAUUAACGAUGAAAUGGAAAUCAACAUCGAUCAAAUCAGACUGCUGGACAUGGUGGGGGAGGGAGCCUUCGGGAGAGUCCGGAAAGGGAUACUGCUGCACCCGGUCGGAACGUACACAGAGGUGGCCGUGAAGAUGCUGAAGGAAUGUCCCAGUCUGGAGGACGUCAAAGAGUUCAGACGCGAAAUCGAGGUGAUGAAGUCGGUUGGAGUGCAUCCCAACAUCGUUUGCAUAAUUGGCCAUUACACAAAGAAUGUUAAUGAAAUGAUGCUGCUGACGGAGUACUGCAGCGAAGGUAACUUGCUGAACUAUUUGAGAUCCGAGUGGAACAAAGUAUUACGUAGCAGAGACCGUUCUGCUCUCGUUGCACAACAAAAGCUGAUUUCGGUGUCUCUCAACGAUGAAGACAUUUUCAAAGAGUGCCCAUCCCCAAGCCUGGAAUGUAACAAAAAACCUGAGAAUGUCUUUAAUUUCGAUGCCCCAUUUAUACACGAUAAGAAACCCUUCGCCUAUAAGAAUAUCUCCGACCACAGCAUAUCGGAGCAACCGCCUUUAGCACCGGAGAUGAAAAUCACGGAAAACCGGCUGUAUCCCCUGUUGAAUGGUAGCUUGAAUAAUAAUGUUGGCCAAUGCGUUGAAGCCGAAUUGGGCGAUCUGAAAGACAAUACGAAAAUAUGCACUAAUUCGUGCAAAUGCAACGUGGAAAUACUUCAGUUGGACGAUGGUACAGACGUUGAAAUGUGGGCGAAAGGCUCACCCUGCAGCAUCAAAGUUUCCGGCUGUGAGUGCGAUAGCCUAGGUAACGAAAGUGGAGCAAACCAGAAAAAGGCAAUGUGUAAUUUGGUUGAUAACCAGUGCUACUACAAGGAGGAUCUGUGCAGUGAGAAACGGAAUCAAAACGAGGAAUGCAUCAUAACUAGCAAGCAGCUACUAGAGUUUGCCAAACAAAUUGCCAUUGGGAUGGAAUUUCUGGCUCGCAAUAAGGUUGUUCACCGGGAUUUGGCAGCGCGAAAUGUAUUGGUGUGCUAUGACAAAGUUGUGAAAAUUUCUGACUUUGGCUUAAGUCGGGACAUAUACCAACAGAACCUGUACCGGAAAACCGGAACCGGCAAGCUUCCGAUCAAAUGGUUGGCCCUAGAAUCUCUAACGCAUCAAGUUUACACAUCGCAGAGUGAUGUUUGGUCGUAUGGCAUACUGUUGUACGAAAUCUGUACCCUCGGGGGCAAUCCUUACCCGCUGCUGUCCACGUGUGAUCUAAUCAUGGAACUGAAGCGAGGCUAUCGUAUGGAAAAGCCCGACAGCUGUAGCAAAGAAUUGUACGAAUUGAUGUUAUCUUGCUGGAGCGCUCUACCCAUUGAUAGGCCGACAUUCACUGGCGUAUACAAUCGAAUGGAGGAUCUGAUGCAACAAAACUUGAAAAAGGAUAUGAUUAACCUUGACGCUAUUAUUGAUAUUCAAAGUACAAAGACGACUUCAAGUGAACAUUCCUACUUAAAGCCAGUGGAGUAUUAAGAUUACCUGAACGACGUGCUAACCAGCCCAUGACUAUACAUUUUGGAAAACAAUCUUAUGUAAAAAAAACUGAACGAACGAUGGAACUAUUUUACCAGAUAAUUAUACACUGAAUACAUAUUUUUAAAUACUA